GGUGCGAUCACUGUGGAACCUGAACCCGUCGUCGCAAUUGUUGAAACUCUACCUGUCACUGAAACUGCUCCUGCUGUCGAAGCUGAACAACCUGCUGCUGUCACCGCUGCUCCGGUUGAGCCAGAAGCAUCUGGUGAUGGUGAGAAGAAGGAUGAACCGAGCGCUGAGCCAGCUAAGCCCGAAGAAAAGCCUGCCGCUCCUGCCCAAAAGACACCGAAAGAAAAGCAGGCCGAGCUUGUCGGCAAGUUCGCAUCUUGGGCGAAAGAAAGCCUUGGUCUGGAGGAGGGAAAGCGUGCGUUCACUGUUGCGCAAGUUGGUUUAUUGCUGUCUGGUCUGGCGCGCAGUGUAGAUGUUGCUCUCAUGAAAUUUGAUAUGGGAACAGACAUUACCGAGUGGUCCGCGCCGUUCGUUCGAUUGUCUGUUAGGUAGCA